CGAAAAUAGUCGCGAUUCCGCGAUAAAUCCUUUUGUUGAAAAAAGAAGCGAAAAAUCCCAUUGAUCCCGAAAUAAACGUACGCGCUAGUGGGAGCCACACCGUCGAGCGAGUAGUGGGAGAAUCACCAGUCCGACUUCUCGUUUUAACACUCCAACAUCUUCCCAGUGGUUUCCUGUGCGAAUUUUUUUCUUGUAUAUACCCUUUCAACGAGACCGCUCACGAGCGACAAAGAUGGCGUCGAAAAGGACCGUCCUCAGCCGCCCAAGGACCAAAUUGUACGACGCCAACUACAACAUCGGCGAGAGCUACUACCGCCCAGCCCUCGACAGGCUCGACAGGAAGUACUCCGGAAGGCCCCUGUCGCCCACCCGGCACCAAUCACCCUUAGCAGAGAGCGUCGCCGAGCGACACGCGAGGGUGUUCGCCGAGGAGGACCUGGAGUUCUCGCGCAGAAGAGCCGAGAAGCACAUCACGCAGGACAACCUGUUCGAUUCGAGGGGAGCGCGCCUGUCCAGGGCCGGGGCGGCGCUGGAGAAUUGGAACGGCGAGAUCAACGAUGAGACGGCGAACUCCAUCAGGCGCAUCAGAGCCAACAAGAAGGUCUCGAUCAUCGAAGACCCCGACCUGGAGACCACCACCAACAACAUCAAAACCUUCCGCAUGCUGGACAGGUCCGACAAGCUGCUCGACUCCGUCGGCAUCAACGACACCAUCACCAGGCAGCUGGUCGACAAGGAGACCACGCAGCGCCGCAGCGCCCUCAAGACCUCCUACAAGCCGGACGAGGACCGGCUGACCAAGUGGACGCCGCUGGAGGGCGCCCGCGGCGCCGGCUCGGCGCGCGCCCGCCGCCUGGAGAUCGCCGAGUCGAUGGAGACCGAGACGGGGGCGGCGGCGCGCCGCGCCCGCGUCACCAAGGACCGGCUGAACGACCUGGAGGAGGAGAUGGCGGCCAUGCAGGAGAAGCAGGCGGCGCGCGAGGCGAGGGUGGCCAGGCUGAGGAAGCUGGUGGCGGAGACCGAGCAGGAUUCGGCCGAUUUCGAGGUGGCCCAGACCAGGGCCGAGCGGAUAGAGGCGAGAAGGGCCGAGAGGAGCGCCGCCGUCGAGUAUUAG